AUGGUGCUGCUGCAGGACAACCCCAACAUCGUGAUGGACGAGACCUCGGACGCCAACGAGGAGAAGGCAGAGGCGCCCGAGGAGGGGGCGCUCACCAAGGUGUGGGGCAACCUGGUGGCGUUUGUGGAGCGACUGGAUGACGAGCUGUUCAAGAGCCUGCAGGUCAUCGACCCGCACACCCACGAGUACAUGAACCGGCUGCGCGACGAGCCCGUGCUGCUGGCGCUGUGCCAGAAGGUGCACGACUACCUGGGGCGCGUGGGGGACACGGGGUCGCAGUCCAAGGUGGCGCUGAGGCUGGUGGAGCACCUGUACUUCAAGCACCAGGGCGUGUACGACGCCAUGAGGCGCCUGGCGCUGCAGCAGCAGCAGCAGCUGGCCGCGGAGGCGCAGGCCGCGGCGGCGGCGGCGGCCGGCGCGGAGGCCGAGGCGGAGCGCGUGGCGGCGGAGGGGCAGGACGAGGACGAGAGCCCCGCGGACAGGGCUGCCGCGAGCGCGGCCGCCGUGGCGAGCGCAGGCGAGGUGGUGGUGCUCAAGGUGCCCGCUGACUACACAAUGGACGAGAGCGGGGAGCGCGCGCUGGCGGCGCUGGUGCGCGUCAUCUUUGCGCACGGCGACGAGCGCACCAAGGCGCGCGCGAUGCUGUGCCACAUCUACCACAGGGCGCUCCACGACGACUUCUACACGGCGCGCGACCUGCUGCUGAUGAGCCACCUGCAGGACAGCGUCUCCAACACGGACAUCUCCACGCAGAUCCUGCACAACCGCACGAUGGCGCAGCUGGGGCUGUCCGCCUUCCGCGCGGGGCUCAUUCCCGAGGCGCACUCGUGCCUCAGCGAGCUCUACGGCAGCGGCCACGUCAAGGAGCUGCUCGCACAGGGCAUCGGCAUGGGCAAGUACCAGGAAAAGACGCCUGAGCAGGAGCUGGCGGAGAAGAGGCGCCAGAUGCCCUUCCACAUGCACAUCAGACCCGUGGGCGCCCCGCUGACUCGCCCCCCGCCCUAA